AUGGAUGAUUCUCUGAUGGAAGACUCGGUCUUUGAGGACGAGGGAGGUAGCUCUGACUUCGUCCCUGAGCCUGUGUCGAAACCUAAAGCGAAAGCCGCCCCUAAGAAAGCAGCUGUCGCUAAGCCCGCCGCCAAAAAAACAACCCAAACCACACUGAAAGCUAAACCAGCUGCCAAAACUGCCGCUCCUAAGAAGAAGGCCAAGGCCGACAGCGAGGACGAGAUGUCCGACGCUCAAAUGUCCGAUGCCGAUUCUCUGCUCAUGGACACUCCCCCCAAGGCUAAGAAAGCAGCCGCUCCCAAGCGAGCUGGCUCGAAGCCACUAGUUGACGUCGAAAAUGAGUCUCACGGGGGAGACGCUCCCAGCGACAGCAAGAACGGCGAUGCAUCAGAGAAGUACCAGAAGCUUACCCAACUCGAACAUAUCAUCAAGCGUCCCGAUACAUACAUUGGUUCUACCGAACGCACCACCCAGCAAAUGUGGGUUUACAAUUCUGUAACUGAGGUUAUGGAAAACCGUGAAGUCUCAUUCGUCCCUGGUCUGUACAAGAUCUUCGACGAAAUUGUUGUCAACGCUGCCGAUAAUAAGCACAAUGACUCAAAUAUGAGCGAAAUGCGGAUUACCAUUGAUCGCGAAGCUGGUGAGAUCAGUGUGUGGAACAACGGACGUGGUAUUCCCAUCGAGAUUCACUCCAAAGAGAAGAUCUACGUGCCUGAGCUCAUUUUCGGCCACCUUCUCACAUCAUCCAACUACGACGAUAGUCAGCAGAAGGUGACUGGUGGUCGUAAUGGUUUUGGUGCCAAGCUUUGUAAUGUCUUCUCUACCGAGUUCUCACUUGAGACCCAAGACUCGCGCCAAAAAAGAGAAACAUGGACCCAAAACAUGACAAAAAUGGGCAAGGCAAAGAUCACCGACGCGAAAGGUGACGACUACACUAAGGUCACUUUCAAGCCCGAUUUUGCGAAAUUCGGCAUGGAAGGUAUUGACGAUGACUUUGAAGCUCUUGUUAAGCGUCGAGUUUACGAUUUGGCGGGUACUGCCAACGUAGCUGUGAAAUUGAACGGCGCACGCAUCCCCAUUCGCAACUUCCGCAAGUACAUGGAAAUGUACACUAAAGCCAUCCGCAAGGAGCGUGGCGACGAGGGUGCUGCCGCGAAGGAUGAGAUCAUUACUUGCAACCCUGACCCUCGCUGGGAAAUUGGUUUUGCUGUAUCAGAUGGUUCAUUCCAGCAGGUUUCUUUUGUCAACUCCAUUGCGACAACAUCUGGUGGAACCCACGUCAACUACAUCGCAGAUCAGAUCUGUAAUCGCCUGGCUGAUCAAGUGAAGAAGCGAAACAAGACAGGCGCCACACUCAAGUCAGCGCAAAUUCGGAACCAUAUCUUCAUCUUCGUGAAAGCUCUCAUUGUCAACCCGGCCUUCAAUUCGCAGACAAAGGAACAAUUGACCACCAAGACAAGUCAGUUCGGGAGCAAGUGUAUUCUUGAGGAAGACUUCUACAAGAAGGUUCUCAAGACUGAGGUGAUGUCGAAUAUCCUACACUUUGCAGAGCAAAAGGCCGAUCAGAUUUUGAAGAAGGGUGACACCGGUCGUCGCUCGCGUAUGAACAAUCCUAAGCUGGUUGAUGCCAAUAAAGCCGGUACCAGGGAAGGCCACCACUGCACGCUGAUUCUUACCGAGGGUGAAUCCGCCAAGGGUUUGGCUAUGGCAGGAAGAGCAGUCGUUGGUCCUGACUUGUUCGGUGUUUUCCCCCUGCGCGGAAAGUUGCUCAAUGUCCGCGAUGCUUCUUUCGACCAGAUUUCGAAGAAUGCUGAGAUUCAAAAUAUCAAGAAUUUCAUUGGUCUACAACACAAGAAGGAGUAUACUGAAACCAAGGGUCUGCGAUACGGUCAUCUUAUGAUCAUGACUGAUCAGGAUCACGACGGAAGUCACAUCAAGGGCUUGCUCAUCAACUUCCUUCAGGCGCAGUUCCCGAGCUUGUUGAAGAUUCCCGAAUUUCUCAUUGAGUUCAUUACCCCAAUUAUCAAGGUUUGGAAGGGUGACCCGAAGAACCCUACCAAGAUGAAGUCAUUCUUCACCAUGCCUGAAUACGAAGAAUGGCACCAACUUCAUAAACACGAACGUGGAUGGGACCACAAGUAUUACAAGGGUCUGGGAACCAGUACCACAGAGGAUGCUCAGGUCUACUUCCGUGAUCUCGACCGCCAUCUCAAGGAGUUCCACACCAUGCAAGAUGACGAGCCCGGGCUUAUUGAGCUAGCUUUCUCCAAGAAGAAGGCAGAUGAGCGCAAAGAGUGGCUUCGUCAAUACAAGCCUGGCACAUACUUGGAUCACUCGCUGUCGAAGAUUACAUACACCGACUUCAUUAACAAGGAGCUGAUUCUAUUCAGUAUGGCAGACAACAUGCGUUCCAUUCCUUCUGUUGUUGAUGGUUUGAAGCCCGGUCAGCGCAAGGUGCUGUACACCUGUUUCCGCCGUAAUCUGAAGAAAGAUAUGAAGGUCGUGGAAUUGGCAGGUCACGUCUCUGGAAUGACAGCCUACCACCACGGUGAUGUGUCACUCCAGCAGACCAUUGUUGGCCUUGCUCAGACAUUUGUCGGCUCCAACAACGUCAAUUGCCUGGAGCCAAGUGGAAACUUCGGUAGUCGACUUCAGGGUGGUGGCGAUUGUGCUAGUGCUCGUUACAUCUACACUCGCUUGUCGCCGUUCGCGCGGAAAAUCUUCCAUACCGCGGAUGAGCCCUUGUUGGUGUACGGCGAGGACGACGGCAAGAAAAUUGAGCCGGAAGUCUUCAUGCCUGUGGUCCCGCUCAUUUUGAUCAACGGUGCCGAUGGUAUUGGUACUGGAUGGAGUUCGACUAUCCCUAACUACAACCCUGAAGAUGUUGUCAGCAACUUGAAGCGCCUCAUGAAUGGCGAGACUCCCGAGCCCAUGCAGCCGUGGUUCCGUGGCUUCACCGGUGAGGUUGUCGCGCUGGGUGGUGAUCGCUACAAGUUUAGUGGUAUCAUCAGAGAAUCUGGAGACAAGGAGGUAGAGAUCACCGAACUGCCUAUUCGUACCUGGACUCAGGAUUUCAAGGACAAGCUUGAGGAUAUUAUCAAAGCCGAGAAGGUGCCAUCAUUCAUCAAGGAUUACAAGGACUACAAUACACACACCAAGGUUCACUUUGUGAUCCAGCUUGAUGAGAAGCACAUGAAGGUUGCCCUUUCCGAAGGAUUGGAGGAAAAGUUCAAGUUGACCAAGUCGAUUGCCACUACCAACCUUGUCGCCUUUGAUCCUGAGGGUCGUAUCACCAAAUACGCCUCUGUCGAUGACAUUCUCAAGGAGUUCUUCCAUGUCCGUCUUAAGUACUACGAGAAGCGCAAGCAACACCAGCUUGAUGACCUCCAGAAAGAGCUGGAGAAACUCAGCAAUCAAGCUCGCUUCGUUCAGGAGAUCAUUGAUGGCAAAUUGAUCAUUUCUAAGAAAAAGAAGCCCCGAGCUAAAGAGAAGGGCUUCAAGCCAAUCGCUAAGGUGGCUGAAGCAGCUAAGGCGGGAGAAGAUGAGCCUGUAGUUGAAGGAGAUGAGGACGAAUCGGAUGAAGCCGAAGUCCAAGUGCUCUCCAACUCGUUCGACUAUCUUUUAGGCAUGCCCAUGUGGUCUUUGACCCAGGAGCGCGUGGAGAAACUUCGCCGCCAAAUUGGUGAUAGGGAAACUGAGGUCGAUGCUCUCAUCAAGUUGUCCAAGGAGGACAUCUGGAGACAUGAUCUAGAUGAAUUUAUCAACGAGUGGCGCUUCCAGCUCGAGGAUGAGGAGCGCCGUUCGCGCAAGCUGGCCAGCCUGGGUCGUCGUGGUUCGACCAAGCUGGCCACUGGAGGUGGCCGUGCUGCCACUGCCCGCAAGCGUAAGGCUGCCAAUGGCGAUGAUCCCGACGAUGAAGACUUCGGGGCCCCUAAGACAAAGAAGGCUGCAGCAGCUAAGAAAAAGGAACCACAAGUCAAUAGCUUGAUGAAUUUCCUCAACAAAUCCUCGGCCAAGCCAAGCGCAUCGCCUGGAGCUGGUUCAGAUGAUGAUUUCGAUAUGGACCAGGAGAUUCUCCCCAAGAAGAGUCGUGCCGCUUCAAAGUCUAAGUCUCAACUUAAAGAAGAGGAUGACUUCGUUGGUAUCGACGAUAUCCCUCAACUUUCGAGAGCUUCGACUCAGCCAGCUGAUGACUCAAUGGACAUUGACGACGCUGACCCUCCGAAGCCCAAACCAGCAGCUAAAUCAACGACAAAGCCAGCAGCUAAGCCAGCAGCUAAGCCAGCAGCUAAGCCAGCGGCCAAACGAGGACCUAAGCCGAAGCUCAAGAUUGAUGAGGACUCCGAUGACGAUUUCUUGGAAAUUGCCAAGAGUGAGGCAAGCAAGCCCUCUGCGCGUGUUCGCCAACCUGUGAAGUACUCGGCUCCCAGUGAUUCUGACAGUGAUAAUGGCGAUGAUCUUCUCGGCGACGUCAGCCUAAUGGUGAAGGGCAUCGGUGCUGACUCUGGUGCGGAUUCUCGUCAGCUCUUCUCUGAGCGGCCCCGUUCCGAGAGCAGUGCCAGUCAGAAAACUGCUGCCGCCAGGGCCUCCAAGGCCAAUGAUGAAUUUGAUCCAGAUGAGACCGACUACAGCAAGCUUAUUCCUCAGAACUCCCCCAGACGUUCUAUCCAGGUCAAGCCCAAGGACGUCAAGGUCGAUAGCAUCGAUGAUGAGGAGGAUGAGGAUGAGGACGAGGAGCCGGUCAAGCCUACUGCCAAGGGCAAGGCCGCUCCUAAAGCCAAGGCUGCUCCAAAGGCAGCGGCUGCCGCAGCUGCGCCCAAGGCUCGUGGUCGCCCCAAGAAAGAUGCAGCUGCAGCCCCUAAGCCAGCCCCCAAGGCUGCUCCUAAAGCUUCCGCUUUGUCGCCGGCAGCCAAGGCCUAUGCUUCGAAGCAAGCCAAGUCGAAGAAGCCUGUAGAUGACUAUUCCGAGGAUGACAUCGAUGCGAUGGCGAACGAUAUCUUAGACUCUCCAGCCGGAAAGGCCAAUGUCAAUAUGUCAGAUGAUGACGACGAACCCGUUCCGACUUCCCGACGCGGUGCGGCUGCUAGACCAGCUCGCCGUGCCACUGCCACUCAGAAGAAGAGCUACGUUAUCGACGAUGACAGCGAGGAGGAAGCAUCAGCCGAUGACUUUGAGGAGGAAGAUGAGAGCGAUUGA